UUUUGGAAAACGCAUCCGCGCAGCCUCGUAGUUGGCACGAAUAUUCCGUGGCGAUCGGUUCGAGAGAUAUCAGUGAUCAGUCAGACUUGAAACCAAACCAGCAGCAACAUGAGCAGCGUCGAUGAAGAUCUUACCCCCGAGCAGAUUGCCGUUCUGCAGAAGGCCUUCAACAGCUUCGAUCACCAGAAGACUGGCAGUAUCCCCACCGAGAUGGUGGCCGAUAUCCUGCGCCUGAUGGGUCAGCCCUUCGACAAGAAGAUCCUGGAGGAACUGAUCGAGGAGGUCGAUGAGGACAAGUCCGGUCGCCUGGAGUUCGGUGAAUUCGUGCAGCUGGCUGCCAAGUUCAUCGUGGAGGAGGACGCCGAGGCCAUGCAGAAGGAGCUACGCGAGGCUUUCCGUCUGUACGACAAACAGGGCAAUGGUUUCAUUCCCACCACCUGCCUCAAGGAGAUCCUGAAGGAGCUGGACGACCAGCUGACCGAGCAGGAGCUGGACAUCAUGAUCGAGGAGAUCGAUUCUGAUGGUUCCGGUACAGUGGAUUUCGAUGAAUUCAUGGAGAUGAUGACCGGCGAGUAAAUAAACGCACUGCGUCUGCCACCCACAAGCCACCACCUCCCACAACACACAAGCACACACGCGCACACCUGUUGGACGACGGACACUCAUACACACACCACAUACACAAACACAUACACAUGCACGUUUGUUUGCUCCCCAUAUUUGCACACUUGUUUCACUUUUUAUUUGCAUUUUCCCCACGGGAGCAAACAAAUCCACGUACUUCAGUUUGACAAUGCCAAACACAAGUAGAAAUAGAACUUUUUGUACUACUUUUUAUACUAAAAGAGCAACGGAAUACUGUGUAUGCGAAAAAAUAAAUGUUAUACCAUAACAACCAAAAAAA